AUACGUAAAAGCUUUUACUCUGAUGAUGGAGCAACUUUGCAGAGAUGAUGAUUGUAUUGUGGACGAGUCUUCAUCGAAGACCGUCUCUUUUCUUGGUCACGGUAGGUUUGGUCGCGUCUCUCUGGAGAGGGAGACAGACUCCCGAGUUUGCGCAAAGAAGUCAUCGCCGAUGCACCUCAAAAAGAUUCUCGAGAAGGAGCUUAGGAUCAUGCAUCGUUUCCGAGAUCAUCCUCGCAUCGUCGAUGCCUCAAAAUAUCUUCACUUACGAACCAAACCCUACGAAUGCUACAUGAUCUAUAUGGAGUACGCCUCCCAAGGUAAUCUCCAUCAGCUUAUAUACGGUUUUCGCAGGGAGUCACGGAAGAUACCUGAGACCCUGGUCCAACGUGCGGCUCGUAUGAUCCUAGAAGGACUCGUGGCUCUUCACUCCCAUGGUUACGUUCACUGCAACCUUAAGCCAUCCAACGUUCUCUUCUUCACUUCCACAACUCCUGGAGAGCUGUGGGAUCUCAAGCUUGCUGAUUUCGGUUCAUCCAAGGAACCUGAUUCCGAAUAUGAUUUCGUGUCCAUUGGUACGGCUAAGUAUCUGCCACCAGAGUCUUUUGCGCCAAACGGACUGGUCAUCGAGCCGGGACUUGAUAUAUAUGCUCUGGGGUGUGUGGUUUAUGAGAUGUUAGGAGCAAUACCUAUCCAGGAGAUAUUUGAUGAAUUCUACGAGUGGAAGUUGCGUGGUCGAGAUAUCUCUCCGGAGGCUAGAGAUUUCGUGAGUCGGUGCCUAGACAUGCAUCCACGCAGGCUCACUGCUGCUGAGCUCUUGAACCAUCCCUUCAUUACAGGAAGCCUUCCAUCGCCAACCACAGAAGACGAAAAGGGGUCCUUGAUUCCAAGUGUCUCGAAGCUUAUCUCGACCUGA